AUGGAGAAUGUUGUAGUGUUGAUUGUUGGCGCUGGGCCAGCAGGCCUUGCAACAGCAGCAUGCCUUAGCCAGUUCUCAAUUCCCUAUGUCAUUGUCGAUCAUGAAAGUUGCAGCGCGUCGCUUUGGCGCAACCGCGCCUACGAUCGCCUCAAGCUGCAUCUUGCAAAGGAGUUCUGUGAGUUGCCACACAUGUCAUACCCACUAGAUGCGCCAACAUACAUACCAAAAACCUUGUUUGUGAAGUACUUGGAUAACUAUGUUGAGCGUUUCAAUAUUCGACCCAAGUAUCUCACUAGUGUGGAGACAUCCACAUUUGACAAUGACGGAAAAUGUUGGUCCAUCGUGAUUCAUGUAAUGACAAAGGAAUUAAUCCGGUUGGGGAUGAGACUUGCUCUCCGUCUCCCAUUGAAUCUAGUGGAUAACCUCCUUGUGAUGGCGGCAAAUUUCAUAUUUGGUGAUCUAUCGAGGUAUGGCAUCAGAAGGCCAAAAGUGGGUCCAAUGAUCCUCAAGUCAGAGACCGGCCGAUCCGCUGUUAUUGAUGUUGGCACUGUUGGGUUAAUCAAAAAAGGUAUCAUCAAAGUACAGGGGAGCAUUAGUGAGAUCAUGGACGAUAUAGUUGUAUUUCAGUGCGGUAAAAAGAUAUCAUUUGACGCGAUUGUGUUUGCAACUGGAUACAAAAGCACAACAAAUAUAUGGCUCAAGAAUGGUGAGAGCAUGUUAAAUGGCAAUGGACUGCCCAUCAAAGAAUAUCCGAAUCAUUGGAAAGGUGGAAAUGGGCUCUACUGUGCUGGGUUAGGAAGGAGAGGAUUGGCUGGUAUUGCAGCAGAUGCCAAGAAUAUCGCCAAUGACAUCAUAUCAGUGAUAGGUGCUAUGUCUGGGUAA